CCCGCUCCCUCUACAACAGUGGAGCGUUGUGUUUCAUUGUGUUGUGGAAUUUGGAGCGUUCACUUCAGUGAUCAUCACUCAUGUGUCCUCUCACGGGUCUGACUUAUUAUCUCUGUUCACUGAAGCUCACCAUGUGUUUAUUUUCUCCACAAACAUGUCGACUCUCUCUUCUGUCUUUGUAGGACCACUAAUUGUUCCAUGAGGAAACAGGGGCCAUGGUGCUGAUGGAGCUCCGUCUCCUGGUACUGGCCUUGUGGGUUGGCAUUGGAGUAGAGCUCCAAGUCCGGGGUGACCAGAUGAAGCCGGCCCGGGCACCUCUGAUCCCUCAUCGGCCUUUUGUCGUAGUGUGGAACGCUCCUACUGAGUCCUGCCGCCUUCGAUUCAAGGUGGACCUGGACCUCAGCGUGUUCGACAUUGUAGCAAACCUGAACGAAACCCUAAGUGGACCAAACGUCACCAUAUUCUACCACAGCCACUUGGGAUACUACCCAUACUACUCCAACUCUGGGAUCCCGAUCAAUGGUGGACUGCCACAGAACCAGAGCAUUUCCAAACACCUGAGCAAGGCCCGGGCCGACAUUGAUAAACUAAUCCCCCACAAGGAUUUUCGGGGCUUGGGUGUCAUCGACUGGGAGAACUGGAGGCCUCAGUGGGUCCGAAACUGGGGCUCUAAGGACAUCUACCGCAACAAGUCCAAGGAACAGAUCCGGAAGCUUCACCCAAACUGGCCAGAGAGCAAAGUCGAGAAGGAAGCAAAGGAAAGAUUCGAGAGAGCUGGACAGACCUUUAUGAAUCUCACGUUGGCCCUGGCUGAGGGUCGCAGGCCGGACGGGCUGUGGGGAUUUUACCUGUUCCCAGACUGCUACAACUACGGGUACAAGCAACACCCGCAACGGUACACCGGAGAAUGUCCCAAUGUUGAGCACGUACGUAACGACCAUCUGAUGUGGCUUUGGAAGGAGAGUACGGCCCUCUACCCGUCCAUCUACCUGGACUACGAGCUCAAGUCCUCCACCAACACUGUCAAGUUCGUCCACUAUCGUGUCAAGGAAGCCAUGAGGAUUGCAUCCAUUGCCCGUCCAGACUCUACAUUGCCUGUAUUUGUGUACUCCCGACCGUUCUACGCCUACACCUUCGUGGUUCUUUCAGAGAGCGACCUGGUUCACACCAUCGGGGAAAGUGCCGCUCUGGGAGCAUCAGGCGUCAUCCUCUGGGGAUCAUCGGAGUACGCUCGAUCACAGAGAAACUGCCUGACAGUGAAGAAGUACAUCGAUGGUCCGCUGGGACACUACGUCAUCAACGUCACCUCCGCCGCCAAGCUGUGCAGCAAAGCGCUUUGCAAGAAGAACGGCAGGUGCGUCCGCAAGAGCCUGGACUCGGGCGCCUACCUGCACCUGAACCCACGCUUCUUCCACAUCCACCGCAACUCGACGCCCAGGGGCCCUCGCUUCCACGUCAGCGGUCACCUCAACAACCACGACAUCCUGGACAUGAAGCACAAGUUCACCUGUCAGUGCUACCAGGGCUGGACAGGUGUUUACUGCGAGAUGCCGCAGGAUCCACCUCGUCCUCCUCCUCCCCCACUUCAGCCAGCCGUCCCUCUGCCUCGCCCCAGGGAGAACAGCCUGCUGGGAGACCUCCUGCUCCUCUUAUCGCUCCAUUUCUCCUGUCUGUGCAUCAUCAUGUUCCUGGGACUCUGUCUGAUUAUCAAGUGUCUGAUACUGUAGACGCCAAGACUUUGUUUUAGGAGCACAGCUGCAGAAAGGACAACAGACAGGUGUGUAGAAUCAGCGACACCUGAGUGUUAGCCGGACCGACAGUGUGAUCAUCUGCAGUUCCUCUAACAUCCACUAGAUGCUGCUCUGAAAAGAAAACCGCAUUGAAAUGAAUUUGAAAGUCUGUCCGGACAUUAGGAAACCAGCUUGUGUCUUAAUGGCUUUUAAAAAUGAUCUUUAAAUAAAAGUAAUAUUUCAU